GCGGCCCCGAGCUGCAGUCGCUGCUGCGAGCCGAGCCGAGCUGCACGGAGGGCGAGAGCGGAGCGGGGAGCGGACCGGUGCGCUGCCCUCCAGGCUUCCCUUCGGCGUUCAGGGGCGCGGAUCCUAACCUCAGGGGCCCUCGGACCGGCCCGAGCUCGGGGCGCCGGGCUCGGGACCAUGGCGCUGCGCGCCCGGGCGCUCUACGACUUUAAGUCCGAGAACCCCGGUGAGAUCUCCCUGCGGGAGCACGAGGUGCUGAGCCUGUGCAGCGAGCAGGACAUCGAGGGCUGGCUCGAAGGGAUCAACAGCCGCGGCGACCGCGGCCUCUUCCCGGCCUCCUACGUGCAGGUGAUCCGUGCGCCCGAGCCUGGCCCUUCGGCCGACGGCGGCCCUGGAGCUCCGGCCCGCUACGCCAACGUGCCGCCCGGCGGCUUCGAGCCUCUGCCCGCCGCGCCGCCCGCCGCCUUCCCGCCGCUGCUGCAGCCGCAGGCGUCGCCGGGUUCCUUCCAGCCGCCGGGCGCCGGCUUUCCCUACGGCGGGGGCGCCCUGCAGCCGUCGCCCCAGCAGCUCUACGGUGGUUACCAGGCCAGCCUGGGCAGCGACGAUGACUGGGACGACGAGUGGGACGACAGCUCCACGGUGGCCGACGAGCCAGGCGCGCUGGGCAGCGGCGCGUACCCGGACCUCGACGGCUCGUCGUCGGCGGGCGGCGGUGCGGCCGGCCGCUACCGCCUGUCCACCCGCACGGACCUGUCUCUGGGCUCCCGCGGCGUCUCGGCGCCCCCGGCGCACCAAGCGUCUGGAGCCAAGAGCUCGGCCACGGUGAGCCGCAACCUCAAUCGUUUCUCCACCUUCGUCAAGUCGGGCGGGGAGGCCUUCGUGCUGGGAGAGGCGUCAGGCUUCGUGAAGGAUGGGGACAAGCUGUGCGUGGUGCUGGGUCCCUACGGCCCCGAGUGGCAGGAGAACCCCUACCCCUUCCAGUGUACCAUCGACGACCCCACCAAGCAGACCAAGUUCAAGGGCAUGAAGAGCUACAUCUCUUACAAGCUGGUGCCCACGCAUACCCAGGUGCCCGUGCACAGGCGCUAUAAGCACUUCGAUUGGCUGUAUGCGCGCCUGGCGGAGAAAUUCCCAGUCAUCUCGGUGCCCCAUCUGCCCGAGAAGCAGGCCACCGGGCGCUUUGAAGAGGACUUCAUCUCCAAGCGCAGGAAGGGUCUGAUCUGGUGGAUGAACCACAUGGCCAGCCACCCGGUGCUGGCGCAAUGCGACGUCUUCCAGCAUUUCCUGACCUGCCCCAGCAGCACUGAUGAGAAGGCCUGGAAACAGGGUAAGCGGAAGGCUGAGAAGGAUGAGAUGGUGGGCGCCAACUUCUUCCUCACUCUGAGCACCCCACCUGCCGCCGCCCUGGACCUGCAGGAGGUGGAGAGCAAGAUCGAUGGCUUCAAAUGCUUCACCAAGAAGAUGGCACUGUCUUUUCAACCAAAAACUAAGCCCCUGGACCUGCGGUGCGGCGGCCAGAAGCCGGCCUGUCCGUCCUGCCGGUUGACCACAGGAGCUCUUACCAAAGUAAAGGAGAGUAGGCGACAUGUGGAAGAAGGGAAGAUGGAGGUCCAAAAAGCCGACGGCAUUCAAGACCGCUGUAACACUAUUUCCUUCGCCACGUUGGCCGAGAUCCAUCACUUCCAUCAAAUUAGAGUAAGAGACUUUAAAUCACAGAUGCAACAUUUUUUACAACAACAAAUAAUAUUUUUCCAGAAAGUGACCCAGAAGUUGGAAGAGGCGCUUCACAAAUACGACAGCGUCUAAUGACUGCACAUGGGACCGCGCUCUUGUUUUCAGUUGAACGAUAAUUUCCACAGCAGAACAAAACCUGCCUUCUCAGAGCUGUUGCCAACUCUAGGUGGUACAAGGACGGCUUUGUGUUCAGCCGAAACCGGCUGGAUAUAUAAUUAUGUAGGAAAGAAGCAGUUAAUAUGGCUAUGUAGCAGAAGCAGUACCACACUUUGUAACUAAAUUAUACUAUGUAUGCCUACACUACCAUUGUAACUUUUGGAUAAUGAUUAUACUAUUUGCCUUAUUGCUUUUUGAAGUAUGGGUAUAUUAGUGUAUACUUUGUAGACCUCAAAACCCAUGAAGAGUCUCAAAGAAGCUGGCUGGAUAAAAGCCUGCUGUGGAUGCCUUUUUAGUCUCAUAGAUCGAGAUUACCUAAAUUCAACCUAUUCUCUGUUUACAAACUCCAACCGGAGCAGCUAUGCGACUUUGUGCCUUUAGACCGCUUGUUUUCCUUUCUGUCCCACCUGGGUUUGAACCCCCAACGUUUCUGAUGGAAAGAGCAAAAGGCGGGCGUGUUGGUGACAAGCCGAUGAAAAGCUCCCAUUUCUGGGGGUGGUGGGAGAACCAGUGGCCAUCACUUUGCACAGGAAGCAUCGCCUGGUAAGAUGCUGGCAGUUACAGAGGCAGGAGACGCUUCUGCCAUCUCUGGAUGUAAAGUCUCGUAGGGGAGAAGGCAGUGUGCCAUAUUCCCUUACAUCUGUAGUACACGGCCUCGACUCAAGGGUCGCACGGACUAGGCCUGAGGAUUUCAGCAGUGCCCUGAGCACGUGGAGAAGAGGAAUCCGAUCGGGGAUAAAGUACAGAAACAGUGGGUGACAACGCACUCCAUCUUAGUUUGGGGGAGGGUCUCCUGUCUUCCUUUUUUUUUUUUUCGUUUUUCUUUUAUAGCUUGAAAUUUUCUUUUAAUGUUCAGCUUUUUGUUUUGAUUUCAAAUGGAUCUACACUGUUAACUGAAUGAGACUCCACUGUGAUUCACUCGUUUACUUAAUCAAAAAAAAAAAAAUUCAGGGAUGUCUGUAAAUUUCAGUGUUGUACGCAAUGAGAAGUGCUGUUGGUUGAUUUAAGGAGGGACCAGAAAUAAUUUCUACUAUUCCAGUACUGAAAGAAAAAAAAAAAUACUGAUUUAUACUGUUUUUAAAAACUAAGUAUUGAUAAAGCCCCCCUCAGAACAUUUAACCUUAAAAUUAUUUUGAAUAUCGCCUUUUAUUAUUAGAAGGGAACUGCAAAUGACUGACAAAUACCAAAAAGAUUUACAAGCAGGCUUCAUCUAAAAAGCACAAAGAGGUUCUGGUGUGAAAUGCCCAAAUCUCAACUGUUUUUUUGUAGUUGCUGAGCUAAAUAAUGUGAUUCUUGAGUUUACAGAUGUAAGCGCUGUCAGUGAAGGCCAAGGUCCCUGCAUCUGCUGUCCCUGUGAACUAUACUUCCACCACCCCGGAAACCCUGGUCCUGACAUGGUAACAUGGGGGUACAGAGGCCAGGCUAGGAGGGGGUGAGCCACAGUCAAGGGUCAGCUUGCAGAAAGGCCAAGCAAGGAAAGGCGAGUGGGAUAAUAGUGGGAUAAUUACUUCACAGCACAUUCACUCUCUACGAAGAAAUCACACAUGGGUUGACAUUUUGAGAACGGAUUAUGAUCAUUUUGACCUCUGGUCAAAUCCUUGUGCUUCAGAACUCUGAGGCUCUGUGGCGCUGUCUUUACUACAGGCACGUGGGACUGCCGCCAAAAGCCAUGCUCUCAUAAAAAGCAACUUCCUCUCUUGGAUUGCAAAGUACAGCGAGAUAAAGAAAGCGCAUAUAUAUUUAAAAAUUAUUAAUUUUAUUCCAGAAUUUUGGAGGUUCCAAUGAUAGCAUUUAAGUUUGAAUUGGUAUUGAAGAAGCAAGCUCUCUACGUUUCAGAUGAUUUGAACGUCCCAUUUAUUUGCCUCUUUGUUUUGAUGGUGGUUUGAUUUUUUUUUUCUUUUAAUAAAAUUACUAAACUUGUGCAAUAGUAGCAAGGACAUUACCUGAGGUGUCUUGUCUGAUUGUGCUUUAGCCAGGGUGGACAUAGCUUAAAUCAUAAACUAAAGAUUAAAGUAAAGAGAAGUGUAAAGCUGAUGCUGCCUCCUCCUGAGAUAACGUUUGUCCUCCCUAACCGCGUAGCAUCAUCUCACCGACUCGUGGGACUUGACGUGAAUUCUGUGGGUUACUGCACCAGGCUUGCUAGUGUCCAUUUUCAUCCAAGAUCCUUACUCUCCAACGUUCUUGGUCCUAGUGAAGCAUUUCAGUAUCUAAGCAUACUGCAAUGCUAAUACCCAAGAGAAAAGCCAUUACGGACGUGUAUGCUGGUCACACGGUCAGUGUGGCACCGCUUUAUUUGUUACUGUUGUUUUAUUUUGUUGUUUCUGUUUUUUAAAUAAACUAUCACACCCUCCAAGCCAUCGCUUGUCUUUAUGUCUAGAACUUGUAAUUUUGGUAUGGAGUUAUGUAUACCACGAGGGUGGGAGGGUGGCCCUGAUGAGCCUGGUCUUAACUAUUUUAAUUGCAGGCAGGGAGUUAUGGGCAGUAGCCAUGGUGCAGUGAGACUGGUUUGACAGUCAUGCAUAGUUUUCUAGGUGGUUGUAUCUGAAGGCACAGUCACACCCCGAAUGGAGGAACACAUUGGAAAGUGAAGCAUCAAUCAGAGUCCUUUGGCUUGAACAGUGCAGGAGUGAGUUUCCCAGGCUUCUCUGGUCCACUGGCUUGCACUUACUGCUAACAAUACAGCAGACUCUCCAAUGCUGGGUUUUAACUGUUGUACAUUGUGUGGCUGUUCUCAUAAUUAAGAACCUGAAAGAAGUUCCAGUUUGUCAAAUCGAACAUGUAACAUUUGUAUGUAAACCUUCCCAUGUCAGUAUCUACUAAGUUCCUCCACCUAGACAUUUCCUCCCUUGGGAGCUUGAUUCAUUCUCUCAGAAUCAAACACUGUCUGAGCCUUUCAUGGCCUGGGCAUUGUCUGCUUCUUCUCGUUUCAGCGUUGUCUUUGGUUAACAGGGCAUUGUUUAUUUUUAGAUGAGAAAUGUUGACGAUUGUUUACUUCCUUCAGAAUGUUAUGAGUAGUGCGGAUCAGACGGAUUUAUCUUUCCAAAAAUAAACAACGGUUGCUUCAUCCUGGG